AACGCAAAGGAUGUCGUGGGGAAAACCGUACUCCACCAUUGUGCGAAGAACAAUUACUUACGCGCGGCAACGUUCCUACUCGAACAUGGUGCCGAUGUCAAUAUCGAUAGCCGGACUCCAGCGGAUCGUACUAGUAGCGGAUGUGGAUGCGGUAACGCAAGUGGACUUAAGUCUCUCCUUGGGUUUCUGACUGGUCGCCAAGAUAACGACAACGAGCAAUUCCAAGCAGGCAUGACACCCCUACACUACGCCGCCGAUCAUGGGAAUCUCGAGCUGAUAAAGCUCCUGAUCAGCAAAGGUGCGAAAGUUGACGCUUUCGAUAGAGAUUCUGGAACACCUCUGCAUAGGGCAAGCCAGUCAGGCCUGGACACUGUAAAGCUCUUGCUGCAGCAGGAGGGCACUGAAUCCUGUUUGAAAGUGGCCGACAGAUACGGCUACUUGCCGCUCCACAAUGCUGUAGCUUAUGGC